ACGAUAUAAUGACAUUAUAAUGACCACUAAUGGCUGGAACUGCACAGGUGCCUACAUGUACAAAGCAGAUAUCUAAAUGCAGACUGAUUGUGGUCUUGUCUCGGGCGAUGAGGAUCAAAUACUAAUGUGUGUCAGGCUAUGCAGAAAAGAAAAUUCCAUUAGAUGUAGAGAGCAUGCUAACCACUAAGGAAAAUAACAAAACACUCUGGAAAAAUCAGGCACACACGAUAUACAUGCACAAAACAAUAAUCCAAAAGAUUCAGCUCGUGACCGGAAGCCGAAUCAAGCUUAAGAGAUUAUUUGACUUGACCAGACAUAUUCUUUGUUGUUCCACUUCUGUGUUCUGACUUGUCAAAGGUUGUGGAUUAUAAGUACCUUCAGUUCUUUUGGACAGUGUAUUUCCUGCCCGCUUGCUAUAAUAUGCUCUGAGACAAGUGAUCUCUCCACUAGCGACAUGCUGAAUCUGCCUAAGAUGUGGUCUUUUCUGGGUAUCAUCCUGAGAAUCCUACUGCACCCGAAGAUUUUAAUGUUCUUGUCAGUAAUAACGAUAUUUUUCUUACUUAACAGGUCGAACAAUCCUGUGGUGCUCAAAGCCCAAGUGGAUUUCAAAGGAAUCAAGCGCAGUGUAUCUUUCGAAAAAGGCGACGAGGUUCUGGAACUACGUUACCUUAUCAUGGUAGCUUUUGCCGAUGUAGGUUUAGAUAAAUUGCCUCCAGCCCACGUAGAGUUACUCAAGUACGAUGAAGGUGAUCAGGAUUAUGUCCCUCUGCCUCUUGAUACAAUACUUGAGAAAGAUAUAAACGUUAAAGUGGAGCUUACAGAAGACGAGGUGAAGUGUACUGUCUUAUAUCUAUAUAUGUUUUGAAUUAAUCUUCCAUGUUUUCCGUUAUUUUCUUUCUGAGAAAAUAGCGAAAUCCAAAAUGCGCACUUAAAGUCGUUAUGUGACGUCACAUGACGUCAUGACGAACGAACAAAAUACUCGUCCUUAAUAAGCUUGAAUACCAAGCCUUAGGAUUUCCAUUAAACAGAAACGAAUUUUAUCUGUAUGAUUACAACGAGAACCCAAGAGAGGAGUUCUCACCCCCUCUUUACCAGGGUGGGGUAUGAGUUGUAAAUUGUACGCUAAACAAGCGGGAUAUCUAAACGUCUGCGUUAGCAUAAUCAAACUAAAUAAAAAUGCGUUUGCAGGCCAAAUAUCGUUCAUUUGUAGUGCUACCAUAUGGUUUGUAAGACAUUCAAGGAAUUUAAAGCCGUAUCAGCUUGAACUAAAUCGUGAGUGUGAUUAACUCUAAGUGAAGUGUUGAUAACUAUGUUAACUAUUAUAAAAGUGGUAUUUUUUUUAUUACUAUUGUUAACUAAGGAUAAAAUAACCUAUCAGUUAAAAGUGUCCAUGUAAAAGUCUCCAUGUAAAAGCGGUGUGGUAGAUCUGGCUUGAAAUAGAGAUUUCGCUUAUUUCUUGUGUGUUGCAAGACAUUCAAGUACCUAUACUAAAACCACAAUCUGUUGGACCAAGAGAAACUUUCUGCACAGACACACACACACGGAAAAAAAUACAACUGCAAACGCGGCUUUUACCUAUACACUGCGAUCUAUCUUGAUGAUGUGCUUAACCGACUUUUAAAAACAAUGAGUUCGAAUUAAGAGAUCCGGGAGAGGGAUUUUAACGACACCCACAACCCG